AAAUGCCAACCAGAUCGAUCUUAGAUACAUAUUUAUCCGACAAAAAACUAAACUCAGCAAACUGAACUUCGCACAGAUGAUGUAUUAAAAUUUUUGGUUAUUUUUUGGAAUCCUACGGCCCAAAACCCUACAAGUAAAGAAUGGAGUGCGAAAAGUGUGAUAUUACCCGAAAUGCCCGAGAUCAUAAGCCCGAUGGCAUUAGGGGCGUGGAAGAGCUCAAGCCGGACACCACGUUGGAGAUGGAGAUCGAGGAGGCCCUGUCCUCCAGUAGUGCCGACGAUUCUCCACCCGGCAUGAUUGUGGUGGAGACAAGGAUCAACUCGUGGGAGAAGCAACCGAUCAGGGAGGAGAACAUAUCCGAGGUGUCGGUGGAGCAGGCUGCCUGCUCGGUGUCCCUGGGCCUCAAGCCAAAUGUCCAGUUCCAGAAACUUACUCCUGGCCAUUCGUUGGCCAGCACUGAGGCCGCCCUGGCAGCCGCCACCAGCUCGGCCUUCACCACGCCCUUAGACAAGCCCCCAGAAAAGCCCUUAACAGUUCCUACAGCCCUCAUCUCCGACUCUAUUUCAACCCUGAGACACUGCAUCGACGGUGCCACCCAGUGCAACAACCUUGGACUGGGCUAUGAGUCCGUGUCCAGCGAUUCAAUGCCAUCGGUGGGAUCGUUAGUCUGUCGUAUUUGCCACAAUGCCGAUAAUCCGGAGCAACUCGUGUCGCCUUGUUUGUGCAAGGGCUCGCUGACAUAUGUCCAUGUGCACUGCCUGGAGCGUUGGAUUAGCACCUCGCGCUGCACCACCUGCGAGCUCUGCCAGUUCCAGUACAACACGGAGCAGACACUGCGGUACACCUGUCUGCAGUCGCUGCGACUUUGGUACUCCAGGGCCAUGAGUCGCAGGGCACUGCAGGAGGAUUGCCAGAUGUUCUCGCUGCUCACUUUGGUGGCCUUCGGCAUCAUCGGAACACUGCUGGUGGGGAUCCAGUACUAUGCCCUGCACACCCACUCCUGGGGUCUCAGCAAGCUCUGGACCAAGUCCUGGAUGCUCUUCUUCCUGUUCAUGACAGUGAUAACCGUCUACUUUGCCAACAUAUACAUGCUGAUCAAGUCCCAGCUGACGCCCUGGUAUCGGUGGUGGCAAUCUGCGAGGGACAUCAAACUGAUCUUGGAAAACCGCCGGCCCUUCCCCAAUCCAAGUCGCCUAUUGAGGGCCCAGCAGGGAGAGACGGCCUCAACAACGGCCUCCAUGUUCACCCACCACGAUCAGCUGGACGUGGCCACCCGGGCACCCACAAUCCUGAUCAGCUCCAGUGAGGAGGAGUACGACGAGAAGCACGCCCCCAAGUGGGGGACGCGACUGGACAGCGAGGUGCUGGCCGCCGUUGUGGCAGCCACCGUGGAAUCGAUUGCUGACGCAAGUGCCCGUGAUAGUGACCAAUACUCAGAGCAGCAGCACCAAAACCAGGAUGUACACCAGCACCAACAACAGCAGCAGCCGGAAGGCGACAACUGAAAGGACAUUGACGACAAACCGGCGGGAAGGUCGUGCGCAGAUGGGGCAGAGUGUGGGGUGAAUGGGCUGGGCAAGUAAUUAAGGCUCAAGGGCAAGGAUUUUUGCUUGGCUUUCGUUGUUUGCGUGUCAUUUGUUUAAUGUAGUUUCAAUGCUUUUAAUGAACUUUCCCGAUGAGAACUCAAAUUAAAUGGGUAAACUUGA